UUACUCUAUUCAAUAAAAAAAAUGUUUUUGUGUCUUGAUGUUGGCCAUUACGUAGAAUAUGUAGUGGAUUAGAAUUUAUUUUAAUCUUUUUGAUGUUGUAGAUGUGAUUAAAAUAAUUAUUGUGAUGUGUAUCAAUUUGAAACCAUAACACAAAUCUAAGAUGAAUAAUCUAGAAAUCUUUCCAGACACCCGGGGCCCGGCUAAACGUAAAGUAAAGCCGGUUGAACCCCAAUCACUGCUGGAUUUUGAUCUUGGCGAAGGCGAGAGUUCCGAUGAUUCGGAUUUUCGAAUAGAAGACCACCCUGAAGAGAGUGAUGAUUAUUCAAUAAACUCUGAUGAUGAAGAAAAAAAAGCUGCUCGGACUGAAACAUCAGAAGAAUCAGGAUCUGACAUUGAAGAUGAAUUUAAAAAUACAACCAACAAAAUUGGUGAAGACAAACCUAUUAAUGUUUUGGACAAAACCAACCAAAAGGAAUUUAAGUUUCCAGUGGAAUUGGCAAAUAUCUUAAUUUGUGCUGGAUGUCUUGGAUCAAGAAGUGAUGAUUUUAAUGAGAUAGUUGAAUGUGAUGGGUGCGGAGUUACAGUGCAUGAAGGUUGCUAUGGUGUCUCAGACACAACCAGUGAGUCCAGCACAGUGAGUUCUGCUUCCACGGAGCCAUGGUUCUGUGAGGCUUGCAAAGCUGGGGUUACUGACCCCAACUGUGAGCUUUGUCCAAAUAAAGGUGGCAUUUUCAAGGAAACAGAAGUUGGUGCUUGGGUACAUUUAGUAUGUGCUCUAUAUGUGCCUGGCGUUGCAUUUUCGGAGGUGGAGCGGCUGUCGGGCGUGACGCUGUUCGAGAUGGCGUACUCCCGCUGGGGGCUGCGCUCGUGCGCGCUGUGCGAGGACGCCACGCUGGCGCGCACCGGCGUCUGCGUCGGCUGCGACGCCGGCCUCUGCAAGACCUUCUUCCAUGUCACCUGUGGUCAACGAGCUGGUUUGUUAGCCGAAGCCCAUUCUGAAGAAGCUGAACAGGCUGAUCCAUUCUACGCACACUGCAAGCUGCAUUCCGAUAAAACACUAGUCAAAAAACGCAAGAGGAAUUGGCUUGCUCUGCAGCUUAGAACAGAUAAAAGGAGACUUGAGCUACAAAACAAUUUAAGUACAGAUGAAAAAUUACGAAUUCAGCGCAAACUUGUCAAGUACAGGAAAAAGUAUCUGCAACAGAAAGAAAACCGAAAUCCUCCAUGGGUGCCGACACAGAAAAUGGCUCGCAUGUUAUACAGCAGCGCGUCUGCGAUGAGAAAGUUUCAACGGAAAGCGGAGUGUAUGGGCAUCGAUACACAUGCCCUGGAGUUCCAAGAUGCUCAGAUGGCAGCAUUAAAAGACGUGUCUCGCCGCUGGCACGUACCUCCCGCUUUCUCCGUCGAGUUUGUUGGUUACUACUUAGAGAGAAACACCAGGGUGUCAUCCUUGCGACAGUCUUUAGAACGACUCACCAAGGAAAAUGAAAAGCUCUUGUCCGAAGAUGAUAAGCUGAGGCUGGAUUACGAUGAGGCAUCCAAAGAAAACACGGACGCCCUUGCAGCAUUAACAUCAACGCGUCAAGCUCUUCAAAAGAUAUACGACGUGAUCAUCGCGAUGUGCCCUAAGAAAGUGGCUCCUGCCAUUUUAGAAGACAAGCCUCUGAUUAUACCCGAGUACACUCGAUCCACGCCCAAGGUUACGCCACAACAACUACAGAAACGGUCAAUGUCUGUGCCCACCGCUGCUGCACUUAAGAUGGGCGUUGGUUUUCCUCUUAGCGACAACCCGGACGCUCGCCAAGGAAAAGUUUUAUCAACCUCGUUGGAAGCGGGCGGCGGGCUGGCGGGGCGCGAGUGCGCCAUGUGCGCGCGCAGCUCGGAGCGGCACCUGAUGGCGGCGUGCGACACGUGUCGCCAGCACUACCACCUGCACUGCCUCAAGCCGCCGCUGCAGCGCCCGCCCAAGAAGUCCAAGCUCUACGGCUGGCAAUGCUCCGAGUGCGAUAAAACGUCAGACUCAGAGCCCGAAAUGCUGGAAAAAAAAGUACCGCGACGAUCCCGCAUCCGUUACAGCAAGGACGGAGCUAUCAUCACCGAGCCGCCCAGCCCCACCUCGCCGACAAAACCAGGCUCCGAAAAGUUUAAACUGGACAAAUCAAAGCUGGCUACGCCUGAAAGUAUAUCCCCGAUCAAAGUUACGAUAAAACCAUUCGAGUUCAGUAGCGAAAACGAAGGUUCUGAAGUAAAGUUGAGGAAAGAAAAGAAAAUAAAGAAAUCUAAACAAAGAGAUCAUGCAUCUGCAUCGGCGGGAGAGGGCGACUCUCCUUCGAAGAAGAUUCAUAAACGCAGUUUUACAUCACCGACUCUUACAAAUACCCCAUUAAUGUCAAUCACCCCCAUCGUCGCUGACAGUCCCAAUGAUUCUCACAACGAAAACUCGAACGCCUCGACUAAUGUCGUUUCCAGCAAACGAGAGGACAGCUUCGUUCCACAGAACCUUUCAUUCUCAUCUCUGCUUGUUGAGGGGAAAGAGCGAGACAGCAAAACCAUCGAGAGUUCUAUAGAGAGUACACUAGCGAAUCUGUCGUCAGAUAUAGCGACGUAUAAGGCUAAUAGAAAACGAAGGAAAGAGAAGCACCGAUCUCGAUAUUCACCAGAUUUGUUGAGAUCGCCGUCGAAGUCUCACAAACAUAAGAGAAAGAAGAAGACGCAAGAUGUGGAAAAUCCAGACCCUCCGCAUCCUAGAAUUACGAUCAAGAUCAAGCCUAUUCCAAAACCAGAUGGUUCUUUGGAUACGCAGAUGUUCUACGUACCCACAGACAGCAAUGACGGUCCCCCGCCGGCUGUUAUGAAGAAACUGUCGAAGCACGCAGAACUUGAAGCAGCUAAGCAGGCCCAACCAGUUGCUGAAACCGAGGCAGCUUCUACACCAGAAACAAAUGAUUCAGCUAAUAGAAAUCGCGGUGAUCGUUCACGUCGCGCCGGUUCGGGCGUCGGCAGCGGCGGCGCGGCGGUUGCGGCCACUCCCCUUACACACUGUGAUGUGUGCAUGCAGCCUGGAGACUACACCAACCUCGUACGGUGUGAUGAAUGCGCGAAGAGAUACCACUUCACGUGCUUGGAGCCGCCGCUAAACAAAAAUCCCAAGAAACGAGGAUACUCGUGGCAUUGCGCCGACUGCGACCCCACUGAUAUCGAGGAAAACGUCUGAAAGGUUCUUAAUAAUAUGAAAUAUGGUCGACCUUUAUUAUAAUCGCAAAAUUGGUAUUACUUAAGUUAUUGUCUUACAUAUAAUGUGCAUACCACAGUCUCAGUUGGAUCUUGAUUUAUAUUUUUUUGAAUUAUGAAUUUUAUUUUUACAAAGUGUGUUGUAUUAGAAAUACAUGCUGAGAAUACUGGUUUAUGCAAUGAAUGUUUAUGUCAGUAGUUAAGAUUGAAUUAAUGAAAAUAUAGAUAGAUGAAGAUAA